AUGGGGGAGGUGGUGAUCCAUGAACGACGAUUUAAUCACCCGUAUACACCUUAUGAUGUCCAGGUGAAGCUCAUGGAGGCGAUCUAUGACACUCUCACAGGAAAUUAUAAAGUCGGCAUUUUCGAGAGCCCAACAGGAACAGGUAAGACGCUGUCUAUCAUCUGUUCGACAAUGACGUGGUUACGCGAGCUGAAGCAGCGGCAGAACGCCAUUAUCGACGAUGAUGACGAUGACGAGCCCGAAUGGGUUCGCCAGGCGUACCGUGAGAAAAUAGUUGGACGGAUGGUCGCUGAGGCUCGGGAAUACGAACGUCAUCUCGACGAGCUGGCGAAGACCCAAGGCAAAGCCAUUGAGAAUAAGAUCAAAGAGAAAACACAUACUCGCAAGCAAAGAAAGGUGAUUAAAGAGGAGGAUCUUGUCCCCGAGGAUUAUUUUGAGGACGAAACUUCAGAGGAUAGAAACACAAAAAUAGCUAACGAAAUAAAGCAGCUCCUGGCUCAGGUGGAAGGCAGGCCGGACACAAAUGACAAGGCGACGAAGAUCAAUCAUUGUGACAGCAAGAUAUUUUUCUCUUCGCGGACGCAUUCGCAGCUGAGCCAGUUUGGACAGCAAUUGAGACUCACCCAUUUUCCGUCCUCUUUGGAAAGUGUCGAGGAGAAAACAAAGUAUCUGGCAUUAGGAUCCAGAAAACAGCUCUGCAUUAACGAAAAAGUGAGCUCUUUAAAAGACGUCCAGCAGAUCAAUGAAGCUUGUCUGGAGUUGCAAAGGAAGAAAGACGGAGAGAAGGGGUGCAGCUAUAUGCCAAGGCCAGAAACCGAAGAUCUGACCACUCAGUUUCGCGACCUGACCUUCUCUGAAAUUCGAGACAUUGAGGAGUUGCACGAGAUAGGCUCUCACUACAGAGUCUGUCCUUAUUACAGUUUGCGACGAGGCAUGGAAAUUGCCGAAAUUGUGUCCAUGCCGUACCAACUCUUGCUUCAAAAAUCGACCAGACAGGUUCUGGGGCUGGAUUUGAAAAACAGCAUUGUGGUAAUAGACGAGGCCCAUAAUUUGCUAGAUACAAUAUCUUCGCUCAAUUCUGCCACUAUCUCCCUCAACGAGUUGUUAAAGGUUCGCAAGGCGCUCAAGAGCUACACCACAAAGUUUGCUUCCCGAUUGAAUGCAGGAAACAGAAUCAAUCUCGCCAAGCUCAGUAAAAUGAUCACUAUAUUGGCCAAGUUUUUGAUGAAGGAUGGCGAAAAGAAGGCAGCAGGAACAGAAAUCAACGUGACUUCGAUCUUUGACGAUACCACUGGUGAUCUGCUCAAUUUUCACUCCUUAGAGACGUAUUUGACCAAGUCCAAAAUUGCAUAUAAAUUAGAGAGCUAUAUGGAAAAGAUUGACGAAAACUACAAAGCUGGAACACCAAUACUUUUCAAGAUUCGAUCCUUUCUAGAGUGUCUUUCCAAUCCCUCGAAGAGUGGUAAAUUGUUCUACGAUAGGGAUUCCGCUGAUGGAAUUGCCAUGAAGUAUCUUCUUUUAGAUCCCAGCGAAGCAUUUAGGGAUGUUGUUGAAGAGUGCAAGUGUGUGAUACUUGCAGGAGGAACAAUGGAGCCAAUUUCCGAUUUUAUCAAUUUCCUCGUGCCCUAUGUCGAAUCCAAACAGAUCAAACAUUUCAGCUGUGACCACAUCAUUCCGGCUUCAAAUUUGGAUGUUUAUCCGGUUAAGAGCCGUCAGGGGGUGGAGUUUGAAUUUUCGUUCGAUAAGAGAAACGAUAAGAAAAUGAUCGAUGCACUUGGCGAAACUAUCUUGGAAAUGGUUGCAGUCGUGCCUGAUGGAAUGGUUGUAUUUUUUCCCAGUUACAAGUACUUGGACCAGCUAGUAGAAUUGUGGAAAAAGAGCGGGCACUAUCACCGUAUUAACCAGGUGAAAACUAUUUAUACAGAGUCAAGAGAGAACGCGGUGGAUAACGUCUUGCAAAACUAUUCUCAGUGCAUACUUGAGCGCAGGGGAGCUGUUUUAUUUGCCGUCGUGGGAGGAAAAAUGUCGGAGGGAAUCAAUUUUUCAGACGAGCUUGCGCGUGCAGUGGCGAUGGUGGGUCUUCCUUUUCCAAAUUUAAUGAGUGGUGAUCUGAUAGCCAAGAGAAAAUAUGUGGAGUCGAAAACGAUCGAGAUGGGAGGCUCUCGCGAGGAUGCGCUAGCGAAUGCACGCGAGUUCUAUGAGAACAUUUGUAUGAAGGCGGUGAACCAGAGUGUGGGGCGUGCCAUCAGAAAUAUCAGAGAUUACUCUGUGAUUUACCUGAUAGAUGUUCGGUAUGAACGACCACAUAUCCAGAAGAAGCUAUCUGGUUGGAUCAAAAAACGCAUAGAACGUGGCGGAGAAUUAAGCGAGGUCAUCAAGCAAACGAAACGGUUUUUCAUGAACAAAUAA